GAGACCUCCUCCUCUUCUUCCUCCUCCUCCAUUGCUUUUAUGUCAGGAUGUUGCCUGUGGUGUCUAAAUGUUAUUCCAUUGUUUCUGGCUAAAGGUACCGGCAUUCUGUGGCUUUAAUGUUCCGUGCGGCUAACAGAAAAACCAUCAGCAAAGCGGGAAACGGCUGGCACUUUCGCCGGACAAUGGACGAGCUGGUCCAUGAUCUGGUGUCAGCACUGGAGGAGAGCUCGGAGCAGGCGGCGCGGGGUGGCUUUGGCGAUGGCGGUGAUCAUGCGCUGUCUGUGGGCUGUCUGCUGAAAAGACAGGCACGCAAACGUAGGGGCAGGAAACGCCGCUCGGACAACCCGCACCCGCCCUGGGAGACGGGACACCUGAGCGAGGGCUCAGAGUCGAGUGUGGAGGAACACAAGGACUAUCGUGCCAGCACAGGAGGCGUGUCCGCCGCCAACAGCCAUGCUCGUGACAACAGCGACUCAGAUGAGCAGCUCGGCCCCAAACGCCGCACCCCCCUGUCAUCCGACAUGGGCAGAGGCAAGCGCCCCCUGUGGCCGGACGACCUGGGCAUCUUGGGCUCCUCCGAGGGAACACGCAGCCUCAGGCGACGGCGCAAGGUCAAACGUAUGGCCGUGGACCCUCCCGCCGAGCCGGAGCCCCCGUCUAUGAUGCUGGCCCCACCGCCCGUCCCCAAAGCCCGCGCCGGAGCCAGACCCCUCAGACUGAGCUCCAGUGAAGGCAGGGUGGCCAUGGAGAUCUGCGGAGGCGGGCUGGCGGGGCCAGUGGGUGGGAAGAGCAGGAUGAAGAAGAGGAAGCUGGCCCCCCAUAGGGUCGGGAUGGAGGCUGCCGACGAAGGGGUGGUGGUGGAGAGCGAGGAACCCGUCGCUUCUCCGGUGGAGGGCUCCAAGGACAAGAUGGAGCUGGAGGAACAGAAGGGGUCAGACGAGGAGAUGAGUGACAGGUGUGAAACCAGCAGUGUAAGUAACAGCAGUGACGGAGGCCUCUACACCAAUGAUGAGGGCAGACAAGGCGACGACGAGCAGAGUGACUGGUUCUACGAGGGUGAGCCCGGCUCCGGUUCAGUGUCCGGGGGUGCUUGUGGGGUGGCGGGCGUCAUCCCCUGGUGGGAGAGCGACGCCGGCUCAGAGGAGUUGGAUCUGACGGACCCAGUCUUCAACAACAUCCUCACAGGGUCCUUCCCCCUCAUGACCACCGAUGCCAAGAGAGGGUUCCAAGCCCGACUGAGCCGUCUCCAUGGACACCAGAAGCAGGGCGGCAGUGGUCAAGAGCCGUGGUUCAGCUCAGGCUCCAGGAGGGACCAUGGGCAGUUGCACUGGGACACUCGGCCUGACAGAGGCCACCGGAGAAGCUGCUCUGUGAAAACAGCCAACAGACAGACGAGUGGCCACCUCGGCUCCCUGUGCAUGGGCGACGUCAAGCGGAGGCGGAAAGCAGCCCCCCUCGGCUCCACGGCGCCCUCAGCAGUGGUCGGGGAGAACGUCCCCCCCAUACCGGACACCAACGUGGGCAACCGCAUGUUGCAGAGCAUGGGCUGGAGCCCGGGCAUGGGCUUGGGUCCCGAGGGACGGGGCAUCACCGAACCCAUCCGGACCUUACAGAGACCGAAGGGCGCAGGUUUAGGUUUCAACUGACCCCCGCACAGAUUCUGGGACAUAAAGAGGCGUUGCCGCAGGGAUACAUCUGUGCAGGAGGCAUUGGAAGAACACUUUCCCAUAUUGGGGAGACUGCAAGGACCCUGGGAGGUGGUGAGUGGAUGUGAGCUGAAGCAAAGACUGAACCUCCAUGUUGGAGGAUCUCUUUUAUGACCUUACUGCCUCAUCAGCAUCAGCAACUAUCAGGCCACCAGGUAACUUGACCACACAGCUUCAGUCUGCAGGUCAGUGGCAUAAUUAUGUGUAGUUCCGACUGAUGUCACGCACAAGUCUGGACUAUACAAGAUAUGAAGUUAUACUGUAUGGAUGUGUGUAUGGACCCUCUCCGUUUUAUUGCUCACAGAAUGUUUUAUCCUUUUUAUAAAAAAAAACAGACUCAACCCUUUGUUUUGCACCACAAAAAUGUGCAUGUGCAACAUACUAUUCCUAUUAUAUUUGAGUUACAAGGGUUUUGUCUUCACUCGUGAUAUUUCAAACAUUUUAAUGUUCAAUGCAGGCUUGGAAAUUUGUUUUAAUACCCACUCAAAAAGGAGAAAAAUAAGUGUAAUUGAUUGAAAUGUGGUAAGAAUUGAAAAAUAGUUUGCAACAUGUGCAUUGGAUUACAGUCGUCCCUCACAAGAUCAUGUUUUGGUUAUCCAGAAAUGAAUUAAUACAUGGUCACGGUUUCGUGGAAGAUUAUGGUCUAUUAUUAGUCAAGACAUAUCUAAAUACAAAUAAUUGAGGCUAACUGGUUAUCUUGCGAGCUAGCCAACGUCUCAAGUCCCAGCAGCAUAAGAGUUGCAAUGUGGUGUAAACAAUGAAUAACGGAAGCAUAAAGGUGACAAAAGGUGUGUUAUGUCACUCUAAUGAUGUUAAAAAUCGUAUACAGAAAGUCAAACAGGUUUUCUAUGCUGUAGCUAUGGAAAUAUUGCAUUAACAUUGAAACUUAUAUCAUGGAAAGUCAUUAAACUUGGUUGGGUGUGUAACCAGUUAGCUGCUAUGAAUGAGGGACGACUGUAUGGAAAUCAAUAGAGGAGAUGCUACUCAUUUAAAUUAGUUUCUUGACACUUUUCUGCUCGACGGUCAGUGUGACUCUGUCUUAUUAAUAAUGUACAUGACGGGUCCAAUAAAGUGGUGUGAUACUGAGCUAAGAACUGUGUUGGUGAAA